UGUAUACUGCAUAAUUUCAAUUUUGAUAUUUAAUCUGCAUACAGUUGUCGCGUUAUUAAUGCAGUGAAGACAUAUUGUCGAAACGUAGAAUGUCCACCGGAUUUGGGCGGUUCACAUAUAAGGUGGUAGUGGUCACGGGCGGAUGUAAAGGAAUAGGGGCUGGAUGUGUCGAGGUCUUCAGAGAGGCCGGAGGAAAGUCGGCUGUUUGGGAUGUUGACGACGAGGUAGGAAAGACUAUCGCAAGCGAUGAUGUACUCUUCAUUCGAUGUGACAUGACCAACGAAGAUGACAUUAAGAACGCGGUUGAAAAGACGGUGGAGAGGUUUGGAAGAAUCGACUGCCUUAUUAACAAUGCUGGGUCGCAUCCACCAUAUCAUACAAUAGACGACUAUCCUGCCGAGGAUUUACGAAAACUUAUGGAUCUCAACUUUGUUGCCUAUUACAUUGCCGCUCAGCACUGUUUGCCCCAUAUACGGAAGACACAGGGAACGGUGGUGAAUAUCGCCAGCCGGGCCGGGUCACGUGGACAAAAGUUCUCCACGACCUACUCCGCUACAAAAGGUGCUGUCAUUGCAUUUUCAAUGUCUCUCGCGAAGGAAGAAGCUGCAUACGGAGUGCGUGUUAAUGCGGUCAGUCCCUCGGCCACAGUUACACCUAUGCUGCUGGGAUUUUAUAAGGAUAAGCCACACCAACUGGAGGAAGAAGCUGCCAGGGCGCCUCUUGGACGCUUUUGCCGACCGGACGAAAUAGGGAAGCUUUGUCUGUUCCUAGCAACGGAGGGUACCUAUAUCACCGGUGCAGACAUACAUUCCGAUGGAUGUAUACAGGCUAUUUGGUCAACCCAAGAUGAUUCGGUGAAAGACUGACUUUGCAAAGUUAUUAAGGCAUUUGAUUCUGCUUUUUGUGUUACUAGUAUUUCAAGUGAUACAUUUUUUAAAAAAUACUUAAAGAAUGAAAUAAAUAUUAAGCUGAUGUUUUCAAACCCUGAUAAUGGUUUAUGUCUUAGGCUAAAAUGACAUUAUUUUACUCGGUGCAAAGGUCAUUUUUAUUUGCCAGUAUGUACUCUAAAUAAAUAUAAACAACAAUAUAUAAAUAUUGUUGAAUUUUAAAUAGUAAUAUAUAUAUAUAUAUAUAUAUAUAGUAUAUCAUGUUAAUACGUUGUUUGAUCAACUGUGAUCUUAAAUUUGCAUUGUACAGUUAGUAUGAGACCAACUUUCCUGAUAUGUCCCGGAACAACCUAUUUUCGACCACAACCUAUUUUCGACCGCCUCCUGAAAAUGGGUAAAACACUUCUAUUUUGCGUCACUUCCGGUAACAAUAAGCUCCAAUUGUUAACCAUAACAGUAGAACUGUCAGAAAACAUCAUUUGAAAAAGAAUGGGAAUGGUAGUGUUUAAAAAACUUAAGUUAUACUUGAAACAACACCGAUUUGUCAUUUUUAAUUAAUGCCAAAUUAGACCUUUCGUUUAAAAUGAUUUCACAUGUAAAAUACUUCUUUAAAAUCGUGUUGUUUUUGUUUGCCAGAUCUUACAUAUCUACCAAAGCCUAAAACCUAUGCCCUAUUGUUUUCUAAGUAUAGUUCACAACAUUAAAAGCGCAUCAAAAUAUGGUAUGUUGCUUAUUCUAAAAUUAAUGAAAUUUAUCUACAGGUUACUAUAUUGAAUUGCAUUUGGGCGCUCAGUUACAAUAAAAUUAUACAUAUAUUGCAGCCUAGGCAGGUCAUAUGAGGCUAAUUCAGAGUUGGACCAGUGAUAACAGGGUUCAUGAUGGGUGAAUUUAUCAUUUUGUACCAAUGUGAAAGCCAUUAGAAGGGAUGAUGCAUUCCUUUGCCUCUCUUGUGGUGAUACGUAACUAAAAAGUGACUGUAUGGCAAAUAUGUAAACAUUUAAUUACUUUUUUUUAAAUAAAAUACAUUAAACAGUUUAAACAAGUUAUACAAAUUAAAAUAAAAAAAAUGUGCACAAACUUUUGUUGUGAAGUAUAGUUAAAGGUCAUGGUCGAAAGCAUGUUGUAUCUAGGUCAAAUACAACAUGUGACAGCCGCCAUUUUGGAUUCAAAAUGUAAACAACAGACGAUUGAAACAGAUUUUAUUUUUUUGUUUUUUUGAAAGAUGAAUGAUUGCUUUAAAUGGUACACAUAAACAUUUAUUUUUUAUUAUCACUUAUUUAUGAUUUAAAUGUAAAUAAUCCUUAGGCGGUCGAAAACCCGUUGUUCAGGAUAUACUUACCAACAAGAAACUAGUAGGUCGCAUAGUUUCAGUAGCAUUGAUGUUGUAUAUAAUAAACGCUUCUCAUAUAUUGAAUUGUCAACAUUCAUAAUUUUAAAUGCGAAUGACUUCUUUCUUUGGCUUAACAAGCUUAGGAACCUUAUUUCAAUCAGAUGCAUUAAUUCUUAAAACAUGAC